CGCGCAAGGCACGAUGGGCAACGAGGUCUCGAGCAACGCAGCUUCGACGCACACGCACGCCAUCGCGACGCGAACAGGCGACGUGCAGGACUGGCACGGCGAGACGCUGCGGAAGGGCGUCCUGAAGGUUCUUGGCGUUGGUGAUGUCGUGCGAGUCAACGUCCAGAGCCUCAAGGACGGCAAGGAUGUCGAUGGCGGCGCGCCGUAUUUUGAGAUCGUGAAGAUCAAGCACGGCACCUUCUGGGGCCGCGCAGAGAAUACGUACGGGCCUCUCCACUGGAUGCGCUCCCUUGACGAAGGCACCAUAUUCCCGUUCCGCGCAACCAACAUCAUCGAGGUGCCCAUCACGUGGCAGAGCAAGAAGCAGCAAAAACGGAUGGUGCCUUAUUGCACAGGUCACGGCCGAUGCAUCACGGGCAUGACCCAUGGACGCUGAGCACGACGCCGGCGAAACGACGUAACUGCAGCAUCUGAGAUAUUUCGUUCAGAACGUCCUUGCCCCGAGGCUCACGGCAUGCCGCGUCGGGCGGCUGUGAGACGGAGGCCCGCCAAGCGAGUGCGAGCCGCAUCCGCGGCCAUGUCUCCCGCAGCCGCGAGCGAGCAGCGCAAAGAGGUCGCGCAUGCUGGUGUAACGUCUGUCUCAGAAAACUCGGCGUAUUUUUCUUUUCUCGCGAUGUCAGCCCCC